AUGGGUGGUGCAGAGUCUGUUCCUAGAGAGAGGCCUCAGCAGAGGUCGUCGAGAAUGGAUCUGCUGGCGUUGCAGGAGAAGUAUGAUGCCUUCCGUAUCACUGAAGACCGUGAGACCGACAGCAUGAUUGUCGAGCGAAAUGUUCAGUAUGAGAACAGAGACCACAUCGGCCAGCGUCAAACACACGUCUCUGGUGCCAAAACCGAGGCCCUUAUCCAUACUAUCCUACAAGACCCCAAGAACCGUCUAGCUCUAUCAGCGUUGUCAACCGCCAAUCCAGCAACAGUGCUCGAGAAGCCUGCCGCCAUCCUCAAAGACACACAGACCUUCAACGUCGCCAUCCCAUUCGAAGGAGCACCAAUCACAAAUCAACGCAGCUCAGGCAGAUGUUGGAUCUUCGCCGCCACAAACGUCUUCCGCGUCGCCAUCAUGAAGAAAUACAAUAUCGAGAAGUUCGAGUUGAGUCAAGCUUACCUUUUCUUCUGGGAUAAAGUUGAGAAGAGCAAUUUCUUCCUCGAGAGUAUUCUGGAGACGGCUGAUCUGCCUGUUGAUGAUCGUCUUGUUGCUACUUUGAUGAGUCAGCCUGUUAGUGAUGGUGGGCAGUGGUCCAUGAUCCAGAAUUUGGUCGAGAAGUAUGGGUUGGUGCCGCAAACGCUCUACCCGGACUCGUUCAACGCUCAGAACUCGGCUGUGAUGGAUCGUCUGCUGACGACAAAGCUGAGAGAGGACGCACUGCGUCUGAGGGCACUCAAGAACUCUGGCUCUAGCACUGCAGCGACUUCUGUUGCAGCCGCAAAAGAACAGAUGAUGCAGGACAUUGUUAGGAUCUUGACGCUUACUCUGGGCCGCCCUCCCUCAUCAUACACCAAGUUUACCUGGGAGUUCUACGACAAAGCGCACAAGCUGAAGACAGUCAAGGUGUCACCCAAGGAGUUCGCAGGCGGCUUGAACGACACCCAUGGACUGCGUGCACUUGGUGGAACUGAUGUCCACAGCCUAUUCAGUCUGGUCAAUGACCCUCGCAACGAGUACAACAGGCUGCUGACCGUUGAUUUCCUCACCAACGUUUCAGGCGGAGAGUACGUGACCUACGUGAACGUCGACAAGCCAGUCUGGAAGAAAGGUGCCAUUGAGAUGCUGAAGAAAGGCUGGCCUGUGUUCUUCGGGUCCGACGUCGGCAAGUUCAGUGACUCCAAGCUGGGUAUCAUGGAUCCUGAUCUCGUCGACUACGAACUCGGCUUCAACGUGAAGCUGGGUAUGUCCAAGGCCGAAAGACUGACAGCCGGCGAGAGCGCUAUGACCCAUGCCAUGGUACUGACAGCCGUGCACCUGUCGCCUUCCGGAGAGCCAAUCCGCUGGCGUGUCGAAAACUCGUGGAGCGAAAAUGCUGGUACCGACGGCUACUUCGUCAUGUCUGACAAGUGGAUGGACGAGUUCUGCUACCAAGUUGUUGUAGAUCCCAGCUGUGUCAGCCAGGAAGUCAGAGAUAUACUCAAGCAAGACCCGAAGGUGCUACCACUGUGGGAUCCUAUGGGCGUCCUGGCAUAG